AUGAGCGCAAACUUUUCCUGUGAAGAUUUACCGCUACCAUUCGAGUUUCCUAAGCAAUAUUUUAUCAACGCUUUCGUUCACACUCGUAACCAGAUCGAAGUCUUCUUCCCACACUGCACGAAAUCCUACAUGAAAGAUGUUAUAAUGAAAUUUGACGAGGAAAGAGCUGAUAAGGAAAACUCUGCUGGACUGCUACAGUUCACAGUUAAAAAUGACGUCAUUGUCGCAUAUCGAUCGAUUAUUGAUCAACGUAACAAUCGAUUGGCUGUUGUUGGAGUACAGUGGAGAAUG